AUGCGCUUAGUGUAUGGAUCUUCACUACCUCCUGGGGUAGAAGCAUCUACACGUGGUGAACUUCGCAUUCGAGUAGAGAAAUUAUUAUUAAAGGAUGGUUUAGUCCACACAAGUGUCUCCUCCAGUGUAUCCACCGCCGGCCCGCGGCCGUACACCAUUCCCGUAGAUGAAUGUGCGGUGAGUGCAUUAUUUUGGGGCGAGCAGCAGUCGAGUUCUCACUGCAUUCCAGCAACACCGGGUAAACCGCGUGGGACCGUCUCGCUUGUAUUUCCCGUGAAAACAUAUGAACAACAGUUUAGUAGUUACUUGGCACAUAUGAGUAAUUCCACACAGAAAGGUCUUCAGUUAUCUGUAUUUGUUCCUACGAGUUAUAGUGGAAGGCAUAAACCCGUUAGUGUGGGGAAAAUCAUUAUUGCAUUAGAUACAUUAAAACCUUCCAUUCCCAUCUCUGGAUGGUUUGCUGUGGUGAGUAAUGAAGUGAGAAGUAUGGAUGCUGUAAAGGAGAGUGAGGGAUCUCAAACAAAAGAAGAAGAAUUUAUAGAAGUGGGGAAAUUAAAACUUACGUUUACACUAACAUUCUUUACACGAGCAAUGCAAUCCCCUACAUCUCAUAAAACUCGCAGUGUCUCUGUAAACUCAUAUGAGAAAAGUGGAAGAAGUCAAAGUAGAGAAGGACGUUUUCUUAAGGAUCCUAAUACCUCACGUACAACUUCAUUAGUAAAUCCUGAAAUAACAGUCUUUAUGGAUACUACACAAGGACCAUUAGAAGAACAAGAGCAAAAAUUAUUAUCUCCACCAAAGGAAUCUAUUGGUACUUCUCCUAUUACUAAUACUAAUACUACUACUACUUGUAUGAGGGAAUCUAAAUAUUAUCCUUCUUCUCCUUCUCCUACACAACGAGAGUCUACUACUAGGUCAAAAUCAGCGCAAGAUCCUUUACAAGGUACAUUACCGUAUGCAUCCGUUACUCCAACUAUGGGGUUAAAUCAGCAGAAUGUAAUUGGACAACUUAUUCAAAAGGGAUUAGGUUUACGGGAAAAAAUGUCAAAAGCCUUACGACCUUUUUCAGCUAGUGAGAAUCUUUCUUAUUCAACGAGACAACCUUUAACACUUUCAUCCCCGACUACACUUAAAACAGUACCAAAUUAUAUUCCUACUACUUUACCUGCUGAACAUCUUAUAAAUAAAAUACCUAUUUCAACUGAUCCCCUUGAAAGCUCUGUUAGCUCUGCAAAUGAUGAAUCUUUAGAGAGUAAAACAGAUGAUGAUGAUGAUGAUGAUGAGGAUAAUGAGGAUGGUGGUAUGAAAAUGAAGAGAAGAACUUUUAGUAAAGAGCCAAAGGGGUAUUCUAUUGAUGAAAUGGAAAGACAUUCUUUUCAAACACCUUUUAAACCUUCUGGAUUAAAUCCUAAUGAAAAUGCUUAUGUAGAAGUAGAUAUUUCUAAAAUUGCUUUUUCAUCAGGACGUGCAACUCUAGGAAUGGAAGAAAUGCGUGUUGGUAUUCGUUUAUCAAAAGAUGUUAAAACAGAUGAGCCGGUAGAGUCUUAUUCAUCGUAUGUUCAUCGUGUUCCUCUUGCUCGUGGAGCUAAUCAUCAUAUUAUUAUAGGAUUUCCAAUUCGUUCCUUCAGUAAAGAUAAGAGUCGAAUGGUGAUUUCAUUUUACCGAGUACGUUCCGCACCGGUAGCGAAUCCACCUGGUGAAUUAUUAUUACCCCCACCCGCAUCUGCACAACGUGUACUUGUGGAUGAAACUUUACUUGGUAUGUGUAUUGUAGGUUUGCAUGAUCAAUCUAGAGAUGUGGUUCUUCAUGAUCCUAUUACAGGUGAAGACCCAACACAGGCGUAUAUUCAUGUUUCUUUGCGAAAUAGUGAAAUACAACAACUCUCAGAAGAACAGCGGGGAAGUGAAAAUUUAGGAGAGAAAAAUAUGCAACAAGAGCAAAGGAAUAUGAAGGGAAGAGGAAAAAAUGAAAAUAAGGUUUUGCAUAAUAGAAAAGGUCAUAUGGACUCUAUUGAUACGUCGAAGGAACACUAUCGUAGUAAUUUAUUGAGUCAAUCUCAAUCUCAGAAGAAGAAACGAAAACAUCAUCUACGUUCUCAUAGUUCUUCUUCUUCUUCAUCUGCUUCUACACCAGAGAGUUCUUCAUGUUCAUCAGAAGAUUCAAGUCCAUUGUUAAGUCCAUCUGGAGAUGGAACACAAGAAGGAAAAAAGAAAAGAGUAAAUGGUAUUAUUCCUAAUUCAAAUAAUCUUUCUAUUUCUCCUCCUUUAUCUUUGUCUGCUACUGCCGCUACUGCUACUGCUGCUGGUGGUAAUAAUGAUGUUAAUCUUUAUACAGCUGUGACUGCCGUUCCUGCUGCUACUGCGGCUGAUGAUAAUGAUAAUAAUAAUAAUAAUAAUAAUGAUAUUAUUAGAUCUCAGGAGAAUGGUCCUGUUAGAUGUAACCUAUCUACAGUUGACAAUGGUAAUUUUGGUAUGAAUGCUGAAAAACAUGCACGUUUGGUAGAUGCUCAUACAAAUACGUUACCGACUGUAACUAAAGUUGAAGAUGAGAAUUUAUCUGAUCGUUUCCGCAUGCAUGUCUCUAUACGUGCAGGGAAAGAACUUCCAAUGGUUACUGUAAGUCAAAAUGGAUCUCCUUUAUUAUCAACUGUCGCUGCAAUUGAUCAUUUUGAUAAUGGAGUACGAUCUGCUGUUACUUCAGAUGGUCGUCUUGUUCUUGUGGAUAGUGAACAUCGUGUAUUUCAACCUCCCACUACUUUUUUUGUAAUUGAAGAUAUUUACAGUGGAGCUGAUUCCCGUCUGGCCUCUAAAGGUGUGGUUCCGGAUUGGUUUGUAGAGGCCGCCGUGCGUGGGGAAUAUGAUCGAACCUCCAUAGUCCCACAAUCGCAGAGUCCACAGUUUGAUUAUGAAUGUAUUCUUUCACUUCCAUGGGAAUCUGUUUUUCUUCGUCAGGCUCCAAAGAAGAGUAAAGGUGUAGUCGGUGCGGAUAAUAAUAUCUCAUUAUUACCAGAGGGAUCUACUUCACCACUCACCUGUGUAACGACGGCAACCUCUACAAGUACAAAAUCAGCAACGAGUACGACUACAACCGCAACGACAUUAUGUUUACAAGAGAUGAGACUCACAUUAUGGCAUGCGGUUGGGGAUGCGAAUAAAAAGGUUUCCUCUUUAAAUACAGAUGAGAAGGAAGAAGAAAAGUUUUGGGCGAGAACGGCACUUUUGGGGGAAUGCCGCGUGGAUUUACGGUCCCUGCGAUUUCUUAAAGUACUUGACGGAUGGUAUCGUAUCAACGCCAUUGAUAGAGUUGACGAAGUUGUGGGAUACGUUCGUGUUAGUGUACGUUUGCUGUGA